AUGGCCAGUUCUGUAAUAUUUGUCGGCUCCCCGGAAAAAAGUCCCAAAAGUUGCACCCAAAAAUUGAAAACCUUAUUCUUUGUACCACCCCAUGAUGUAAUUUUUCGGAUUUUUGCCUCUUUUGUUCCUCCGUUUUCUAAAAAGUAUCAGAAAGUUUACGUUGACUUGCAAGGGCCGGUUUUGGCCCUACUCCUACUGACUGCUUUUCUAAAUUAUGGUUAUUCAUUUAAAACAACCAAUACAUUUUGCUCGCCGACCGAGACAGUCAUUAUUUAUAGCUUAAUUAUGCCGGUAAUGUCGUUUUUUGUGUGCAAAAUCGGGCGUUCUUGUAUCACUUUAUCGGAAAUGACCUCUCUAAUCGGGUAUGGCUUAUACGGCCACAUUUUUACACUAUUCGUAUCAUUUUUGAUAUUUGAGGAAACUAGCAACUUUUUCUUUUUCGUCUGUUUAAUUAUUUUUGGUGGCUUAAGUACGCUAAGAAUUGCAUUGGUCGUUCUGGGAACUCUGUUUCUACCAGCGGCUCGAUUAUUGAUUUGUUCGCUUAUCUCGACUUGUAAUAUCUUGUUUGUGAUUUUUCUACAUUUUGCCUACAUGCAUCGGACUUUUGUUUCGUAAGAAUUCAAUCAAAUUAAGGUUUGUUKAUGAAGAAACGGUAAUAAAAUAAAUUACUUUAUUUCUG